UCUUCCUACUGAGAGAGAUCAACAAAGGAGCUAGCCAUGGAUUUUUGUAAGAUCUUCUACAUCUUAGCCGUCAUCCUCGCCGCACAUGUGCCUUCUAUCCUCGGCCUGACGCUACACGGCAUCGAAAUCAGAACCGUCAGCUUGAAUGGGACCCUCUCUUGCCCAUACAACGAAAAUUUGAAGCUUACCAUGCAAUCGUACGGUGUCGAUCAAGCGACGGUCGAGAUACAGUGCGGCAUUACUGGUACGGUGAUCUCACGAGCAAGAACGGACUACAUGGGCCACUUCGAUUUCUUCUUCACCACAGAGAGAUUUCCUCUAUUCAAUCCUUCCUCAUGCGACGUUGUGAUUAAUCUCCCAGUUGCUUGUUGUGCUUUGCCAUCGACGGGUCUUGUUCGAGCGUACAUCAUCGAAGAGACCGUGGCCCAGACUACCGACGGUGCACAGGCUUUCUUCCAUGCAAGUGCUUUCACAUGGAGUAUUGCUUGA